AUGAGUUCCCGAGGUCGAUCUAGUGAUAGAUCGUUAGAUAGAAGCACUCGGUUUAGUGCAGGUCGAGGUCGGGACACUAGAGGUGGGCGAGGUGGAACUCGCGGGGGCCGGGAUUCUCGUGAUGACUUCCGAGGCAAAUUUAAAAAUGAUCAACCAGGAGGUGCUCUACGCAAGAUUCGCUGGGACAACGUCCAACUUACACCCUUUCAGAAGAACUUUUACGUACCUCAUCCAAAUGUGCAAAGGCGAUCGAUGGCUGACGUCGAAGCGUACCGUAGUGAGCAUCAGAUAACAGUAAAGGGUCGAGAUGUACCUGCUCCUAGUAUAUAUUUCGAGGAAGGGGGUUUCCCUGAUUAUGCUAUGAAAGAAAUUUUAAAGCAAGGAUUCCCAAAUCCAACACCUAUUCAAGCUCAAGGGUGGCCGAUAGCCUUAUCAGGACGAGACAUGGUGGGGAUUGCGCAGACUGGUUCAGGGAAAACACUUGCAUACAUUUUACCCGCUAUUGUACAUAUCAUCAAUCAGCCUAGACUAUUGAGAGAUGAAGGACCAAUAGUACUUGUAUUGGCUCCAACUAGAGAAUUGGCUCAGCAGAUUCAACAGGCUCUGCAUUCAAUGAAUGGGAUAACUGCAGAUGUGUCAGACGGAAAUCCAAACAACAUGGAUAUAGUAGCUCAUGAUUUCGGACAGAGUGUGCAAGUGAGAAACACUUGCAUUUUCGGUGGGGCUCCGAAAGGGCCUCAGGGGAGGACACUGGAGCGAGGUGUUGAGAUUGUGAUAGCUACACCGGGUAGACUGAUUGACUUCUUGGAAAAAGAUACGACAAAUCUUCGUCGUUGUACAUACUUAGUACUGGAUGAAGCAGACAGAAUGUUGGAUAUGGGUUUUGAGCCACAGAUUAGAAAGAUUAUUGAGCAAAUUAGACCAGACAGACAAGUCCUUAUGUGGUCAGCGACAUGGCCAAAAGAAGUUCAGAAUCUAGCUGAAGAGUUCCUUCAUGAUUACAUUCAGAUCAACAUUGGAUCUCUGUCACUUUCUGCCAAUCACAAUAUCCUACAAAUAGUGGAUGUGUGCGAGGAGUGGGAGAAGAAUGAUAAACUAUUGACCCUACUUACCGAGAUAUCCUCUGAAGAAGAAACCAAGACUAUAAUAUUUGCUGAGACCAAGAGAAAGGUGGACGAUAUAACGAAGACAAUAAACCGCGCCGGGUGGCGCGCGCUCGCCAUACACGGCGACAAGAACCAGCAGGACCGCGACUACGUGCUGCAGCAGUUCCGCCACGCGCGCUCCUCCAUACUGGUCGCCACCGACGUCGCAGCGCGGGGACUCGAUGUGGAAGACGUCAAGUUCGUGAUCAACUACGAUUAUCCGAAUAAUUCAGAAGAUUAUGUGCAUCGUAUCGGAAGAACUGGACGCUCUCAUAAUACAGGCACGGCGUAUACGCUUUUCACGCCCAAUAACUCUGCUAAGGCCAAGGAUCUGCUCUCAGUCCUGCAGGAGGCUAACCAAGUGGUCAACCCUAAGUUGUUAGAGCUGGCCCAAUGCGGGAUGGGAUUCAAGGGGAAAUAUGGUCGCGGCAGGUUCCGGGAGCGCGACGACAGCUCCAGCGGGCGCGGCCGCGGACGCGGCGCCUCGCGCUUUAGCGACCGCAGCUCAAGAUGGGAUAGCAGUUCAAAUGGACAAAGCUUCGAUCAAGGAUCGAAUUCAUCCUACAAUCGUCAGGGCUUCAACAAUAGGGAGGGAGGGUUCAGAGAAAGGGAGGGUAGUUUCAGAGGACGUGGAAGGGGGAGAGGGAGGGGUGGUUACAACCAAAACCAGGGUUCAACCGGUGGUUACAACCAAGGGUUCAACCAAAACAACCAAGGGUUCAACUCGGCACCCAAUAGCUAUUACAAUAUGUACUCCCAACCCCCACCCUCUAAU